UCUGAUAAAUUCUUCGGCUUAAGGGUGUUUCCAAUGAAAUUAUAACCUCAUAGCGAGUAUGAACGUUGAUGAUAGCGUUUGAGUUGCUUUUAUAAAAAAAAACAUAUUCAAUUACUUGAUUAUGACAUUUCAGUAAAUUGUUAAUUACACAAUUAUUGAUUUAAAGUGUAUUAAAAAUUUAUCACUAUGAGUGAUCCGGCAAAUCCACUGCCAAGCUUGCUGAGUUUGAAAGUACCAGUACCCUUGGACAUGCAACAAAACCAAGUAGCACCACCACCUCCACCACCGCCAGAAUCUGUAGAAGAACAAGAAAACAAUGAAAUAGUAAAACUGCCACCAGCCCUCGAGCAAGCGCUGGCUUUCAAAAAUGAACGCGCUAAGGAACUUGGAGCCGAUCCUAACGAUAUUUCCGUACCAGGUACGUCUCCACCGCGUGAGUUGAUCACCCGCGAAGAACCACUAAUAGAUUUCGUCACGGAAAACGAUACAGCUGUAGUCGAAAAGGUCGAUAGUAAUAAUAAGUCCAGUAAUAACAAAACAGCGAAGAAGAAAAGGAAAAAGAAGAAGAAGAAGCAUUCUGAAACUACUAAGAUUACUAGUUUAGAGAAAACAAAGAAUGCCGAGAAUUCAGCUGCAGAUUCAGAUGCUCCAGAAGUCGAGUAUGUCCAGGAAAUUCCAACAAUAACAGAAUUGGAGCCAAUGUACCGGCAGUUUGCUAGAGUGUUUGAAAUGUUCCGAAUUGUUGAGCCGGACUCAACUGGCGAUAAAGAUAAAGGUGAAGCUAUAGGCCAGUACCCUCCGCCAGUGAUGAUGGUACCCAGUAAAGUGCCAAUGCUCGACGACUUUGACGAAGAAGGAGGUCCGCAGCAGCAGAAUCCAGCCGUUGGCGAAAAUGGAGCUCCUAAGUUGUCAAAGCGAAAGCUCAAACGCCUGACGCGUCUCAGUGUCGCAGAACUCAAACAACUUGUUGGUAGACCGGACGUCGUUGAGAUGCACGACGUAACAGCUCGCGAUCCUAAGCUUUUAGUCCAACUUAAAGCACACAGAAACACUGUACCUGUUCCACGUCAUUGGUGCUUCAAGAGAAAGUACUUGCAGGGAAAAAGAGGUAUUGAAAAGCCUCCGUUUGAUCUUCCAGACUUUAUCAAACGGACUGGUAUUACUGAAAUGCGAGCAAGUCUUCAAGAGCGUGAUGACGGGCGUACUCUCAAGGCCAAAAUGCGGGAAAGAGCUCGGCCUAAGUUGGGUAAAAUUGAUAUUGAUUAUCAAAAGCUUCAUGAUGCUUUUUUCAAGUGGCAAACAAAGCCGCGUAUGACUAUCCACGGGGAUUUGUAUUACGAAGGCAAAGAGUUUGAGACUAGGCUGAAAGAAAAGAAACCUGGUGAGCUGUCUGAUGAAUUGAGGACUGCUUUAGGUAUGCCGGUAGGUCCUAAUUGCCAUAAAGUUCCUCCACCAUGGUUGAUCGCUAUGCAACGAUACGGACCACCGCCAAGUUAUCCAAACUUGAAAAUUCCAGGAUUAAACGCACCUAUCCCAGAAGGAUGUGCCUUUGGGUACCACGCUGGUGGAUGGGGUAAACCUCCGGUUGAUGAGACUGGUAGACCACUCUACGGAGACGUUUUCGGUGUCGCCAGACCUCUUGGUGGUGACAUUAUGGACGAAGAAGUCGAUCGUGGAAUGUGGGGAGAGCCGGAGUCUGAAUCUUCUGGUGAAGAAGACGAGGAUGAAGAUGGCGAGGACGGAGAAGGUGAUGCUGAUGGCAAAGACGUCGAUGGUGAUGGCAGUGGUCUGAUUACUCCUGGAGCCGAGGGACUUAUCACUCCAAGUGGUAUUGCUUCUAUCCCAGCGGGUCUUGAAACUCCAGAAACUAUUGAAUUGAGAAAGAAGAAAAUUGAGAGUGAAAUGGAGGGUGGUGAUACUCCGGCACUGUACACGGUGCUCCAAGAAAGGCGCACUGAAGGAUUGGGUGCUAGCAUGAUGGGCAGUACUCAUGUGUAUGAUAUGACUGGAGCCGGUGGGCAAGCCCCGCCGUCUGUCAUCGCUGCGGCUCGACGAGGCAUGAGUGGCUCGGCUUCUGAGUCGAGGGUCGAGAAAGAUGGUACUGUCGAAGUGGCUCUUGAUCCUAGUGAGCUUGAUCUCGACUCAGAAGCCAUGGCUUCGAGGUAUGAAGAAACUAUGCGCUCCAGGCAGGCUCAUUUACGGCGCGAAGAUUUGUCUGACAUGUUGCAAGAUCAUGUCCAACGACAAAAGAGCAAACGGAAGCGCCAGCAAGGACAAUCUGAGACGAAAUCAUCCAAAAAAUACAAGGAAUUCAAAUUUUAAUUCAGACUUAUAUGUGUUUGUCGACAAUUAUUUAUCGUCGUUUUUCGUGAUGAGAAGUCAACAGUCAUUAGCGGACUCGAGAGAUGGUACAGAACUAAAAAGAGACAUGGAAGUGUUACUGCGAUAGCGUAACGGCUUAUUGCAGUGCCGAUGUCUAGCCAGCUGCCUUGAGGCGUUACGGUAAAUAUCAGCGGCAAUGACAGGCAGUCACCCAGCAGCAAAACGGCCAAGAAUAUUGAAGAUGACGCCAGCACGCGGCUCGCACACCCGACUAGAAUCAAUGGAAUCGCUAGUUUUAAUAAAAUCAAUGCUGACAUCGUGAAAGGUGAAAAGAGUGUGAUAAAAUGCUUGGUCCACAUCGGGUCGAAUGAACUUAUGCUCGCCAUGUUUCCUGUUCCGAAAAAUGACAGAAGUAUGUACAGCAUCUGAUAGAUAAAAUUAAGGAUUAAUAUUUUUCUAACUU